CGGCUCCUUGCUCCGGUACCGGCACCAGCCAUUACACAUUUGCUCCAUCACUGCACAGAUUUCACUUUACAUGUUUCGAGACCCGGCGCAGAUUUUUGCAACAUUUCGACCUCUUUGAUAACCAUUCCCUGUAAACUUGGCACACUGCUACUCCAUCUGCAGCCCAGUGGGAAGUCCACAACGACCUUAGAAGGCCUCUGGCGUGUGCUCGAUCCGUGGGAAGCCAGGAGAGAUGAAGAUAUGUUUUGUGUUUGUAGCAGCUCUGCUGUUCCCCACCAUCCAACCAUUGUGUCCUGACAAAGAGCCAGGGCUGAAGCCAUGGAUGCCGGGGCAUAGCAAACAUCAUCGUGUUGUCAUCAGUUAUGGCAGGAAGGUCCUCCUCACAACUUCUGCCACUGUGCACUCCAUUGAGAUUCUAAACGGAGGGAAAUUGGUGAUUGCUGACACCAACCGACCCAUUCAUCUUCGGACAAAACAUAUCCUUAUUGGCGACAAAGGGGAACUACACAUUGGAAGUCCAGACUGUCCUUACAAGGGCAACCUUACCAUUUCUCUGUUCGGAAGGUCAGAUGACUCUGAUCAGGAGCACAGCUACUUUGGGCGCAAAUACAUUGGUGUAGGGACAGGAGGUACUUUGGAGAUUCAUGGAGCAAUGAAGCUGUCAUGGACCUUCCUGAAUAAAACCCUUUACCCCGGAGAAAGCAACCAAAAUCAAUACCUGUUGGAGAGAAGCUGGGGGAACCGAGGCAUUAUCAUACAUGUAAUUGACCCCAAGUCUGGAGAGGUACUGAGUGAUGACAGGUUUGACACAUAUCGCAGCAAGGAUGAGAGCAAUCGCCUUAUAAAGUAUUUGGAUAGUGUGGAGGCAGGGUUCAUUGUCGCCAUGGUUGUCAAUGAUGAGGGCUCCAACAACUUGGAGGACUCUGCCAAAAAGAGAAUCUCCAGGCUUGGCAGUCAGCACAUCACGAGCUUGGGAUUCAGACAUCCAUGGUCUUUUAUUGUUGUGAAAGGAGACCCGUCUUCUGCUGUAGAAGAUCAUGCGCUUUAUCAAGGUACCAAAGCCUCCUCAGAAGCUCAAAGCUCUCGUGUUUUUCACUUGAGCUAUGCAGAGCAUUUCACCGUAACAGCCCGCAGCCAGUGGGUCCAAGAGGCUGAGUGGACAGAAUGGUUUGACAGGGAUGAUGAGAGGGGAUCAGGUGAUUGGGAGAAGUUGACAGAUCUGCAUAAAGCCUAUCCGGAACGUCUGUGUAACACGCCACUAGACAUCCAGGCUGAAACCCAUGAUGGGAUACCUUCUAACCAAACAGGGGAUGUGAUCUACAAAAAUGAGAAAGAUUAUGGCUUUGUCUGCCGCAACAAAGACCAAGCUCAUAGCUUCUGCCGCAACUACAGAGUUCGUUUCCUGUGUGGAAAGCUGGUGCGUCCUCAGGCCACAAUUUCCAUCGAUAUGUUAUCCAACAGCACAAUUCUGGACCUUUCAGACCAGCCAGUGGGUUGGCAACCUGGGGACCAGGUGGUUGUGGCCAGCACUGAUUACUCGAUGCAUCAGACUGAAGUGUUUGACCUAAUUGCUUGCCCUACUUGCACACCAAACCAAGUCAAAGUUAGAGGUAAAGCUGAAUUUAUUCACAUGGGUGAAGAAGUGGAUGGGGUGGAUAUGAGAGCUGAGGUUGGCCUGCUGAGUCGUAACAUCCUCGUCCGUGGUGAGAUGGAGGCCAGCUGUUAUGGCAAUGAAGCCUGCAAAUUCUUUGACUUUGACACCUUUGGAGGGCAUUUGAAGGUAGAGCGAGGUUUCAAGGCCACGCAUAUAUCCGGUGUGGAGCUGCAGCAUAUGGGUCAGCAAAAGAUGGGACACUACCCAGUCCACUUCCAUAUGAAUGGUGAAGUGGAUGAGAAGGGAGGCUAUAACCCCCCCACCUAUGUCAGUGAUCUGUCAAUCCACCACUCAUUCUCUCGCUGUGUAACUAUCCACAGCUCCAAUGGACUUCUGGUAAAAGACGUGGUGGGCUAUGACACACUGGGCCAUUGUUUCUUCACAGAAGAUGGGCCAGAGGAGAGAAACACAUUUGAUCACUGUCUGGGCCUGAUGGUCCGAGCAGGCACUCUACUCCCUUCAGACAGAGACAGCAAGAUGUGUCGUGACAUCACUGAUGGAGCAUACCCAGGCUAUGUAGCCAACCCGCGGCAAGACUGCAGUGCAACUUCAACAUUCUGGAUUGCCAACCCAAAUAACAACCUUAUCAACUGUGCUGCUGCAGGCUCAGAGGAAACAGGAUUCUGGUUUAUCUUCCACCAUGUACCCACUGGACCAUCUGAGGGGCUGUAUUCACCUGGAAAAACAGAACACACACCUAUGGGCCAGUUCACCAACAACAGAGCUCAUUCCAAUUACAGGGCUGGAUUCAUCCUAGAUAAUGGAGUCAAGACCACUCAGGCAAAUGACAAGGACAAGAGACCUUUCCUCUCACUGGUUGGAGCCAGGUAUGGGCCUCACGAAGAUGGUGACCCUUUCAAACCCAGAGUCCCAGCUCACAUCCAUCAUUUUGUAGCCUACAAGAACCAGGACCAUGGAGCCUGGCUGAGAGGAGGGGAUGUGUGGUUGGAUGACUGCCAAUUUGCAGAUAACGGCAUUGGCCUCACACUGGCAAGUGGAGGAACAUUUCCAGAUGAUGAUGGUUCUCGUCAGCAGGUGAAGAAUUCACUGUUCGUGGGGGAAAGUGACAAUCAUGGGAUGCCUCUCCCUGACAACAGUAUCUGGGGCCCAGGGGGCUCUGACCUCACAGGCAGGACCCUCCCACGAGGAAUUGAUUUCCCUAUCCGGGGCAUGCAGAUCUAUGACGGGCCCAUCAAUGUGCAGAACUGUACAUUUCGUAAAUACACAGCACUGGAGGGGCGCCACAGCAGUGCUUUUGGUUUUAGGCUGAACAAUUCAUGGCAGAGCUGCCCUAACAAUAAUGUGACAGACAUCACCUUCGACCACGUACCUAUAACAUCACGCGUGUUCUUUGGGGAGCCUGGUCCAUGGUUUAAUAAGAUGCAGAUGGAUGGGGACAAGACCACUAUUUUCCAUGACAUUGACGGCUCAGUCAGUGAGUAUCCUGGAGCUUAUCUGGUUAAAGAAGACAACUGGCUGCUCCGUCACCCUGAGUGCAUUGAUGUGCCCGAUUGGAGGGCUGCCAUCUGCAGUGGGUAUUAUGCACAGAUCUAUGUCCAGACACGUAAUCCUGCCAACCUAAACAUGCACAUCGUGAGAGAUGAGUACCCUGACCGACCCUUAACUUUAGAGGGUGCAUUAGGAAAAAGAAGGCACUACCAGCAGUUCCAACCAGUCAUCACAUUAGCAAAGGGGUACACCAUCCACUGGGACCAGCCUGCACCUGUUGAGGUCAUCAUCUGGCUUAUUAACUUUAACAAAAGAGACUGGAUCCAUGUGGGCAUAUGCUACCCACAAGGUACCACAUUUGUUGUUAUCUCAGACAUCCACAAUCGCCUGACCAAACAGACCCGCAAGACUGGCGUCUUCAUGAGAACCAUGCGGAGGGAGAAGAUCAACCACUCACACCUGACCAGAGGCUAUUACUACUGGGAGGAAGAUACCGGGCUGCUGUUCUUGAAAGUUCAAGCUCAUAACGACAGGGAGCAAUUUGCCUUCUGCUCCCUCAAAGGAUGUGAGAGGGUAAAGAUAACAGCUGUCAUCCCGAAAGGCAGUCCACCCAGCAAUUGUAUGGCUCGGGCCUACCCAAGACAUGCUGAGCUGCCGGUCGUUGACGUGCCAAUGCCCAAGAAGAUCCCAAAUGACAAACUGCACUCACCAGAGCACUUAAUGGAAGUUAAACUAGAGUCUUAUACCACUCGGUUCUUCCACAUCAAGGAGGACUUUGCCUUUACAGAGGUGAAUGGUAAAAAAUUGUACCAACCAGAGGAUGGUGUGCAGCUGACCAUAAUCGACGGACAUGAUGGGAAGGUGGUGGAUACAAAAGGCUUCAGGAACUCAAUUCUUCAGGGUGUCCCUGCACAGAUCAACAACUAUAUCAGUGAGCUGAGAGAUGGUUCAGUAGUUCUGCUGACAUCCAAAGGCCGUCUAGUGACGAGAGGACCUUGGACCAAAGUUCUGGAGCGACUUGGAGCAGAUGCAGGCAAGCAGCUGAAAGAUAAGUUGGCAUUUGUAGGCUUCAAGGGCUCGUUCCACCCUGACUGGAUUCGACUCGAAAUGGACCCAGACAGAGCCAAGAUCCAUCAAGUCCUGCCAAUCCCCGUGGUCCACAAAAUGAAGCUAUGAGUGACCGUUGGACCAAGGACAACAAAGAAACUGUGUGGCUGCAAUAUAAUGACACGCAUACUUCCAACAACAAAAGAAUACACACACAUACUCACGUAAUACAAUAUACUGCUCCAAGCAUGGUCCAUGACUAACUGGUGUGUUUUUGAAGAAGAAUUGUGAAUUGUGUGUUUGGGUGUGUUGAUAACUGGAAGAUUUGUCCAAACUGAAGCUAAGACCACCUCAUUAGCAGACGUCAACAUCGUUCCUCCUUAAGACUGCCGUUGCAGAAAUAUGAUUGACUCCUCACGCUGUACAUUAUCAGGCAGAUUCGUGACUCUGAACUUGUUUUAUCAUGAGCACUAUAGUCAUUGUAUCAUUAGCCUUGUAUUGAGUCAUGCUGAACUGUAAUAUAGGCUAGUUUGAUGUCAAACCACAGAAGACGUCAUUGUUGUCCAAAACACAUACAGGUGGUGCACGCCCAUUUAACUGUGGGAAAAGUAAAACGAGAAAGUUUAAGAUGCUCAGAUGAAUUGGUAUUCAACUCGCCACACUUCUUGUCGAAAACUGAGUUCUACUGAAAGCAACUCGAGCCUAGCGAAACCAUCAAAGUUGAUUUUUUUUUUUUUUUUUUUUUUUUUUGUCAAGCUGAAUAUUACCUAAAGAAAGAAGACAAAACAUAUCUAUAAUAUUAGAUGAUGCGCUUUUCAUUCAAAAGUAACUAUCUGCUGGGUUUGCUUCUUGGUCGCUGGCGUUUCUUGUUCGUAACUCUUCAGUGGAUUUCUAUGAUGUCAGCCAGAAACCCUUUUAAACUGGGACACAAAAUACUGCUUCUUUUAAAUUAGUAACAUUUCUUAAUAUUGGAGCACUUUGAAUUUGUCACUGCUGCACAACAAAUAUGUAUUUUCAAAUUCUAAAAAUAGGAACAAAUAAAUAUCACAAGCAAAACAAAAAAGAUUUAUCAUAAUAAUUGGUUUAAAAAAUGCAUAUUUGUAAAACUAUCUAACAUCAGCCUGGAUUUAGAAUAGUGCAACACAACCACUUCCACAAUACAAUAAUACAAGCAGGGGUGUGUAAAUCAAGCGUGCAUCAUCUGCAUCAUCCCGUGAAUGUGAUGUAAUUGAUUCAGUAUUCUGUGGAACAAGCAUGCUAUACUCAUGUAAAACUAAAUCAAGAGAGAAAGUAAAGAGAAAUAUAAACCUUCCUUAUUAGGAUCCAACAGAGGGUUGUCUACUUGUUCUUGUAAUUCGUGUUUGUGAUACAUUACCCUCUACUUUUACUGUUGAACCAGCAGGAGGCCUAAAAAUGUCAAAGGAUGGAGUUUUUAUAGGUUUAAUUUUCUUAUUUAAGUCCGACAGAAACAUUCCAAUCAGGACCCCUCCCUUCGCUGAAAUAGCUGGUCUUUUUUUCGGAGGGCUUAGGAGUAAUUUAGUGUUUUGUAUGUUUGAUGUGUUUUUCAAAAAAAUCCACAGAUAUGACAUUAUAUUUUAUACGUAUUUAUUGUACAGAUUCCACCAACCCAAAUUGUCAAGGAACAUCAUCUGAGUUGUAUGGUUGUCACUGUCCUAUGUGUACAGAAUACCACAAGUAGAGAUAAUAGAUUCAUCUUUCAACCUCUUGCAAACAUGGAUAUGAUUUUUUUUCCACUGUAACCAAAAUGGUAUGUUGUAAAAGGGAUUUGAGCUUGUAAAAAAGAAAAAGUAAGUUUUUUGUACAGAAAUAAAUAAUGCUCAAGAGAGAUUUUUUA